AUUGUCUUGCGGCACGCGAUGGUCAGUCGUCACUCGCGCGAAAAAUGGCGGAAAUGUGUGCUGCUUUAGGAAGAUCUUCUAUUCGAGGCAUUGCGGUAUAAACCUCGAGCCCUGGACCAAAUCCAGGUUUGUCACUGUGAUGACCUCCUGCAACGGGAUGCAGAAAGAAGACACUGAUGAAAACACCAUGCACAAUGAAUCCACCCCUCAAGACCUGCCCCGCCAGUCAUUCCAGUGCAGCCGUUGUCCACUCAACUUCAAGUCCAAGGUCUUCCUGUUUAAACACCUCACUCACGACCACGGCUCUGAUCUAGAUUUGAAUAACUAUGCCAAGAAAGCCUCUCCUAAAAGGUCUCCUGAAAGCCCAGUUGCUGGUCUUCAAACCAGUCCCUCAGAGGUUUUGAACCACCAUGAUGAUGGAAAGAUUUUGAACGAUGAUGUAACCCAAAUGCCAGAGAUUGAAUUAUUGGCAGUGUCAGCCAGCCAUCGUGAUCAAGGUGAACGUGAAGAGGUACAUUUCCUUUCUAUCUCAAGAGAGACUUUUAACUCGUCUAAAGAUCUGAAGACAUAUAAGAAGACUCUACAUACGUCUACCAACUGCAAUUACUUCACUGUCACCGAUAACCAAGACAUGUCAGACAAUGAACCAGACAACGCGUCAGAUGAUUUUACCUCUUCCCAGUCCAGAAUCGACAUAUCAAAUAACAUGACUUACUUGCAGGAGGACCACCUCUACCAUGCAGAUUUGAUGCGCCCCAUCUUUCCACCAUCUGGUUUGGAGAGCAAGAGAACCUCCAACGUGGACAAGACAACACUAGAUUUGACAGACAAGAAGGAGCUGUCCUUCGAAGUAAGUGAAGACGACGAAGACAAGCGGGUUAGCCCCUCGACCUACAGCUGCAAGCACUGUAGUCACAAAGAUGGCAGCUUAAAACACAUGUCUGUUCAUUACCAUACAACCCACCCGUACAUACAGUGCAAUUCCGACUACAUCCAGGACUGGAAUGAUCGAAGUGCCACUUUCCGAUGUUUAAUGUGCCCCGUUGAUUUCCUGAGUGAAGACGACCUCAGGAAGCACUGCAGCGACGAGCAUGCUGGGUCCCCGGAUAUUUUCACCCUGGAUCUACACCAAAUGAACUUUGUGUUUAAAUGUUUCACCUGUGUGUUUACUACCAAUUCUUUGGAAGUGCUUAAAGUGCAUUACAAAGAAACGCAUCCCAUGGACAAAACACUUAACACAUUAAUGUUCCUCAAAUACAUUUCGACUCAACGUCAAGAAGACCUUUCUCCUGUCAAGACUCACAGUCUAGAAACUACGGAGCCCAAUGAAGCCUUGUACCAAUGCAACAGCUGCCCAUUUCGUCACAAGUCCAUCAUCGUCUUGCAAGUCCAUUACCAAAAAAUUCACCCCGAAGAAGCAGUCACCAUUGACAAGAUCAAACAACGGACUGGUGUUGCACAGAAAAAGAGGUUAAAAUGUCCAAGCUCAGAAGGACAAACAAAAUCCAAGGACAAAGUUGAGACCCUUCAAGCUAAGUCAGAAUCCUCUUUACCUGAGAGAGCCAGAGAGAGCUCAGAAGCUCAGACGAAGACUAAGCACAAAGUUAAGAUCCUUGAAGAAAAGGCAGAAUCUUUUACACCCAAGAAAGCUCAAGAAAGACCCGAAGCUCAAUCGAAAACCAAGGACAAAGUUAAGAUCCCCAAAUCCAAAGCGGAAUCAUCUACACCAGGGAAACUUGAAGAAAGCUUAGAAGCCCAGAUGAAAACAAGGGAUAAAGUGGAGAUCGUAGAUUCAGAAUUGUCUUCACCUGAGAGAGUUAGAAAAAGCUCUAAAGUUCAAAUGAAAACUGAGGACAAAGUUAAGAUCUUAGAAGCUAAAUCAAAAGAUCUUAUAACAGCGAGAGUCAACUCCCCAGAGGACCAAAACGAAGUAGUUGAUUCCACCCCUGAAGAAACUCAUAAAGCUGAGGUUUCUAUCCAGAAUCAGGUGGUUGGAACGUCCUCUCUCAAUUCCUUUGCUGCUAAAUGUAAGGAAAUGAAGGUGAAGCGCAAAUUGACAUCAAACAUUUAUGCGAGUCCAGAGAAUUUGUAUUUCUGCUAUAAGUGCAACUAUGGGAAUCCUACAAUCAAAGGAGUGAUGGUCCACCAGUUUCGAACACACAAUAAACUCAGGACCACCAGUGAACACAUUGUGGCCUACACGACUAAGAUUCACAAUAGGUUGCAAAAAUCCGUUCCUCACACGGAGGAUCCGUCCUUUUCUCCCUUGCUGCCUCUUCCCAUCUUGAAUGAGGGUGACGAGCACACGUUUUUCUGCCACUUUUGCCAUUACAGGCGGAGCACUGUCUCUAAGGUGGUCCAGCACUACGUCAGGAGACACAAUGGCAUGGUGGCCACGCCCAAAGAGAUUCAAGCAUACACAUUUCGGACUCUGGCGCUGUUGCAAAAAACAGAUGUUUACGAGGAAGCCAGACAUAAAAAGACACCAAACAAACAACAAGUCCGACAGAAGUUCAAGAGCCUGCAUUGCAAGGGUUGUGCUUACAAGACUCACAAUGCAAGUCUUUUGCGGGUACACAUACGCAAGUGCCACAGAGGAAAUCACUCCAGUUCAGGUGUUCUAAAAGUGUAUCUUAAGCAAGGGAAUGUACAAUCUGGCUACCAGUGCGAUCUAUGCUCAUUUUCCCACCAGAAAUCCACUGCGUUGUAUAAACACUACCGCCAGGUACACCCCGAGAGCAGGUCCAGUCUGGAUUUCAUCACCACCCGGUUAAAAGAAGGCCCUAAAAGCGCUCCUGUUAAGAAGAAAAUCCAGAUAAAACAUCUGAGCAACAGGGAUGAAAGCAAUAUCAGCAAGCAGGAUGAUGUCGGAGGUUUCUCGUGCCGAUCAUGUUCAUUCAAAGGGAGUUCAGCGGCAGAGAUCAUGGACCAUUACCGCGCUGUCCACCCCUGGUGCCUAGAGGAAAAUGGCUUAAUGCCUGGUGUGGGCAGCCGGAACAAGGCAAGCAGCAGCAAGAAUGAGGACGAUCACCAGGAAGUGCUCAGCUGUUUCGACGACUACCAGAUCCCUCUUGAUUCCCCAAGUACGUCACCGGAACACAUCAAGCCACCUCAAUCUCCAACCCGGGAGGACAGAAACAGUGCUUCCAGAGAAUCUGAACCUAGUGUUGAUCCGGAUGAAGCAACCCAUGUGCAUGUUUUCAAGUGUCCGUAUUGCACCUACGUUAACACCAAGCAUCAGGGGGUCCUUACCCACUGUCAGAUGAAGCACUCAGCACUCCAGUCUCGAGCAGACAGCCUGUAUGUGGAUGAGGUGCACUUGCGCAACUGGGAAAGGAAGAAGAAGGGACAGGAAGGCGACGCGUUGCACUUCAGGGGCUACAUGUGUGAACUCUGUCCGCAGACCCAUGAUACUAGGGAGAAGCUAAGGAGACACCGCGUGAAGGACCAUUGCGAAACCUCCCCAGACGCCACUGGUGUGACAAAUGCAACGAAAAUGCAUGUUAUUCCCAAAAGCAUUUCAUAUAAAAUCAAAAUGACACUUUUCAGGUGUCAGCAGUGCACUUACAGCUGCAGCAACAAGAUAGCGUUUGGUCGUCACAUGCGUUUAAAGCACAAGAGUUCUGCUUUUCAGGAAAGUCGCUUCAGCUGCGUCCUGUGCUCUAAUUCCUACUACAAGAAAAAACGCCUUGGGGGCCAUUACAAGGAUAAACACGGUCAGGAAGCUUACCAAAAACACUUUCUAUCACUGUAUGAGCAGGUCCCUGAUACACCACUAGAACCCAAGGACAAGACGGUUACCAGGACCAAAAGACUGGUCUAUAAGUGUCUGCGUUGCCCUUAUUUCAACUCGCGCAUGCACGGUAUGGCCACACACUGCCAGAUGAUGCAUCCUGACUUUAAAGUCCGGAUGAAUGAGUUUGAAAGGAAAGAGAUCAACAUGAGUAGCAAUUACCAGGCGGGCACCAACAACAAGCGAGGCUACCAGUGCAACUUGUGUCUGGGGGUUUAUGUGUCCUUCAAAAAACUCUCUGUCCACUGCGCCAAUAGGCACAAUGGGGCUUCUAAGCAGGAAAAAGAAAACUUCACCUCUGAAGAUCUUCGUUCUCGGGAAUCGUUAUUGGAGGCAACCCCUUUGAUUGAUGCGAAUCCUGAUGGAAUGCUGCAUAAAAAAUUGGAGGAUGAAUACUUUGUGUACAAGUGCUUUCUGUGUUCUUAUUCGUCAGUCAUCCGGAAACGCCUUGGAGGGCAUUACACCAAACGGCAUGGAAAGAGUGCCUUCCUCAAACACUUUGCCCCAUUAUAUCUUCGCAAAGUCAAAAAGGUACAGCUGAAUCCAGAGGUAGCCAUCUCAGAACAACCAGAAAAUCUUCUGGAAGAAGGAGAGGAAUUGCUGUACCAAUGCCAGAUGUGUGAGUACAAAACCUGGGCACGCCGCUACCUUACAUAUCACUACAAUAAUACCCAUAAACUUGAUGUGGUGACUAGAGACAGACUGUUGAAGGAGUACAAUAAACGCAGAAGACCUCCCCCUCAGGAUCUUCCUCCAGACUUGGAGCAAAGUCUAGAAGAUCCUGAGCAGACAGUCCCAACUCAAUGCAAGAAGUGCCCAGACUUGUCCUUCGAUUCACCACAGCUGCUACUCACCCACUACUGUGCUGUCCACCGCACCGAUCGCCGUGUGGACUUCACUGUGAUUCACCCGGCUGGCCGCGCCACGGGCGUAUACCGAUGCAUGCACUGUCACAAGACUCUGAAUGGUAUUAGGAAGCUGGGCCGACACCUUGAUCAGCACCGGGAGAAGAAUUUGUCUGAGAUCAAGGCCAAAAAUAAGAUGGCAUCACCACUUGGGAAGAAGACAGCAAAAUCGAGCACUCUGGACACGACAUCGGAAAGGCUUUCGGGAUGUAAUGCACUACAAGAUGAAGGGUCCCCCUUGACCAUCAGCAUGGUGGCGUCGCCUCAAAAGGCCACUGAUCACGGACAAACUGAUGCAGAGUCGUUAAACGAGUGUCAUGCUUGCAGCCAGUGCCAGCGCUCGUUCAAGUCGCGCAAUGGUCUACGGACGCACAUGCGCAGUCACGAGGCGUUGGCGGCCAUCAAGAAGCUGCCAGCUUCGUUGUCACAGCUCAACCUGAACGCAUAUCUUCUCCACAAGCCCGGGACUAUCCGUCCUUUUCAAUGCUCCAUUUGCUUCUAUCGUACCAACCUGAUGGGCCUAUGGACUAACCAUUUGCUGAAAAACCACCUUGAUACCAUUAUAGAAACCUGUGACAACAAAGAAGAGACCUGCGUGACUCACAGUGCAGACAGGGAUGCUCCGCAUUUAGGGCACAAAGUCGUUAGUGUGGCCAAAACGAAUGAAGGGCGUACCAAAGACUGGUACUUGGAGCCCCCAGAGGUGCAGCGCCAGCUUAGCCACCUGAGCCUCAUGACUCAGAACGGCGCUAGUACCAUGCCAGCCACCAGGCAGAAUGGCAGCAGUGGCUUGUUCUGCUGUGAGAACUGCUCCUUCAUUUCCAAGGACCUACCCAGCAUGCGGCGACACUACAUCAGUAGACAUGGCAGGAAGAUGUUGGCGUGCAAGGACUGUGACUUCUUCACCGGCUUAAAAAAAGCCAUGAAAACGCACAUGGAAACGGAUCAUUCCACCUUCCAGAAAGAAGCUCCUCUGCAAGAUGGCCUGCGCUGCCCCUUCUGCCUCUACCAGACCAAACACAAGAACAACAUGAUCGACCACGUCCUUCUGCAUCGCGAGGAGCGCGUGGUUCCCAUGGAGGUGAGGCGGCCCAGGUUGUCGCGCUAUCUGCAAGGCCUUGUGUUCCGCUGCCACGUGUGCACGUAUACGAGUGCCAGCGCCGACAACCUGCGCUCGCACGUCGCCAAGCAUGAGCAUAUCAAGCCCUACCAAUGUCGCCUGUGCUACUUUGACUGUACCAGGCUGGCUGACCUGGAGGCCCACCUGUGCGCUAAGCAUCAGGUGAUGAGGAACCACGAGCUUGUUGGGCAAGUUAACUUGGAGCAACUGGAGGAGGUGAAGCUCAAAGAGAGUCCUGAAGAUGAGGUGAACGACGACAACAACAACAAGGAGGAGGAACAGAGAUCCAAGGCCGAAAACGCCGAAGACCUUCUCAGCCACUUGAAGGAGACGGACACUAGGAAGCCCACAGAGGAGGAGGGGGAGGUCAGCAACCGUGAGGGAAACCUCCCCGCGAUGGCCCUCGUUAAAUGGGAACAUCAAAACAGCGCUGGCCCAUCUGAGAAGAAAGACGAUGACAAUUCUCAGGUUGCUCUGGGAAACCAUGAAGAACAAGAAAAAGAGGGGAUGGUGGUGGAGGAGGAGCAGAUAUCCAACCCAGAAAAUGCCAAAGACUUUUUCAGCCAUGUGAAAGAGACAGACACUACUGGAAAACUCACGCAGGAGGGAGGCAACAACUGUGAGCAUCGCUUGCCCGAGAUGGAUGUUGUUAAACGGGAGCAUCAAAAUGGCACCAGCCCGUCUGAGAAAGACUGUAACAAUUCCCAGUUAGCUAUGUCGAGCCAAGAAAAAGAGAUGGUGGUGGGGGUGGAAGACAGGAGUUCCAUGGAACAAAAUAGAAAACACCAACUUUUGAAACUGCAGACGCUGAGCCUUGAAGUACACGAGGAGGAGAAGAACCUGCGGCAUAAUCAUGAGCCGGACGAGGAGAAUGGGAUGCAAAGCUCCUUGCGUGGGAAGGAACUUCACGCAGACGUCUUGGAAAGUUCUGCAAAAGCGGCCAAGAAAACACUCAAGGGGGAAACCUCGAGCCAUCUUCUGGCGUUCUCUUUAGAGCAGCUCAGAGAGGACAACACCCACAAAAGGAAGCUAUGCGAAGGACUUAAGGAGGAAGGUAUGAAGGAGGAGGAAGGCCAAGAUGGUGAAGGGCAGAAAAAACGGAUCAAGGUGGAGAAUAAGCGCAUUCAGCAAGAUAGCGAUAUGUCUGAGCUCAAAGAUGCCGCCAAAAUAUUCCCUUGCAGCUUGUGUGGAAGAAACCUCCAGAGCGAAGCGGCACUGCAGAGCCACGCCUCUCGCCACGGAAUGUAGGCCACCAACAUUUCAGCAACAUAACACUAUCAACACAACUCACAUUUCAGACUCGAUUCCUUGGAGAAAAUAAAGUAGAGAGAUUUUCUACAUUUUAAACAUUUUCUAAACGAGCGUUACUUGUUUUUUGUUACACAGCUUUGUUUUGAUAGCUUAAAUAAAGCUUUGGAAACGGUCAUUAAACGUCUGAAAUUUUUUCGCGGGAGCAUUUCUUCAUGUGAAAAACACUUGUAGUACUACUGUAUAGAAAAAAAAGAAACGCUUUAUUUCAUGUUUAGUGUUUUUGUUUUUGUUUUUGAUGGACCAAACAAAACAAAAAUAUAGCAUUCAAGUGCUGCAGGACAUUUUGGCUUCUUAGUGUCUUGUCUCACAUACAAUAAAACGUUUCUUUUUAUUUUUAAUGAUUGAUGAUUUGGUUUUGAUUGAACUGUUUCAUGUAUGCAGGAUGGAUGAAUAAAUGUAAAUGUUUUUGUAUAGUUCAA